AUGCUCAGGGCAAUCUGGCACGGUCUCACAGACAACAAAGGAUGCCUGCUCGAUUCAGGGACUUCUUCUCUUUGUUGUUUGUUUAUUCUUUCUUUCUUAAUAUUUAUCACAACUGUUUACUUAUUCAUAUUCUAUCUUUCUUUCUUUCUUUCUUUCUUUCUUAAUAUCUCCCUAAAUUUCUUAAUAUUUCUCAAAAUUGUAUACUUAUUUAUUCAUUCUUUCUUUCUUUUCUUCUUCCAGUUUUCUAUCAUUUCAAAGAAAUGUCGAGUUUUGCCAUUUUUUUCACUUCCGCUCUCUUUAUUUUCUUCUCUCUUCCCAAAACACCCAUCAUCGCUAGAAACCUUCACUCUCAUCAACCACCUACACACCCGGCACGUGCUUUUGUCAUCUGCUGUUAUCUCUCCUCUCUUACUUUGCCUCUCUUUCACUCUUUCUUUUACCCCUUUCUUCAGUUUUACUCUGUCUAUUAUUAUUUCUCCCCUCUCUUUAUUAUCCAUUCUUAUCUUUUUCUUUCUUCCAGUUUGUUUCCCCAACUCGCUUUUAAUACUUUUCUUUUUUCACCCCACUCUCUUCUUAAUACUUUUCUUUUCUCUCCCCGUUUCCUCCUCUCUUCUUAAUACGUUUCUUUCCUCUUCCCUUUCCUCUCUCUUCUUAAUGCCUUUUCUUUUCUCUCCUUUUUUCUCCCCUCUCUUAAUGUUUUUCUUUCCUCUCCCCCUUUCCCUCUCUUCUUAA